UUCCAUCAGAUGGUCAAUUAAUUGCAUGUGAUAUUACUGAUCAAUAUGUUCGACAGGAUAUAUGGAAAAAAGCAGGUGUUAGUGAUAAAAUUACAUUAAAAAUCGGAUCAGCUGUUGAUACAUUAAAAACGUUAUUAGAAGAGAAUGGUCCUGGAUCAUUUGAUUUUAUUUUUAUUGAUGCUGAUAAACCAAAUUAUCUAAAUUAUUAUGAACUAGCAUUGGAAUUAGUUCGUUCAAAUGGUUUGAUUGCUCUUGAUAAUACUUUAUGGCAUGGAAAUGUCGUCAAUGAAUCAGAUACAGGAGCAAAUACAGUUGCUAUUCGACAAAUCAAUGAUUUUGUUCGAGAUGAUCAACGCGUUGAUAUUAGUUUUUUACGUCUUGGCGAUGGAACAACACUUUGUCGAAAAAAAUGA